CGACUACUAUAGAUGACGACAACACUAACUGCAGCCAAAACCAUGCCUCAGUCGACUACUACAGUAGAUGUGACAACACCAACUGCAGCCCAAACCACGCCUCAGUCGACUACUACAGUAGAUGUAACAACACUAACUGCAGCCAAAACCACGCCUCAGUCGAAUACUACAGUAGAUGUGACAACACCAACUGCAGCCAAAACCACGCCUCAGUCGACUACUACAGUAGAUGUGACAACACCAACUGCAGCCCCAACCACGCCUCAGUCGACUACUACAGUAGAUGUGACAACACCAACUGCAGCCCAAACCACUACUCAGUCGACUACUGUAGAGGUGACUACACCAACUGCAGCCAAAACCACGACUCAGUCGACUACAGUAGAUUUGACAACACCAACUGCAGCCAAUACCACGCCUCAGUCGACUACUGUAGAGGUGACUACACCUAUUGCAGCCAAAACCACGACUCAGUCGACUACAGUAGAUUUGACAACACCAACUGCAGCCAAAACCACGCCUCAGUCGACAAUUACAGUAGAUGCGACAACACCAACUGCAGCCCAAACCAUGCCUCAGUCGACUACUACAGAGGUGACUUCGCCAACUGCAGCCAAAACAACGAUUCAGUCGACUACAGAACGUGUGCCAACACCAACUGAAGCCCAAACCACGCCUCAGUGGACUACAGUAGAUGCGACAACAGAAACUGCAGCCAAAACUACAACUUAUUCGACUGCCACAACACAUUUGACUCCGUCUAAUGACCAAAGCAUAUCUCAGUCAACAACAACCUUUUCUACAACAGGCACAACUUCUGAAUCCACAAUCCAAUCAACUUAUUCCACUUCAACAAGUGACACCACAUCCGGAAAAACUACUAGACUUCCAACAACACUAACUACAAUUGACACCACAGCCCAAUCAACCACCGAACUUCCAGUAACAGUCACUACGGGUGAUACAACAUCUCAACAUUCAACCAACAUUCUAACAACAGUAAAUACUGGAGACACCACAACCAAACCAACGACCGCCCUUCCAUCAACGGUGACUACAGGUGAUACCACAACUGUCAGUCCAACAACAGUGAGUACAGGUGACACCACAACUGUCGGUCCAACAACAGUGAGUACAAGCGACACCACAACUGUCGGUCCACUAACAGUGACGACAGGUGACACCACAACUGUCGGUCCAACAACAGUGAGUACAAGUGACACCACAACUGUCGGUCCACUAACAGUGACGACAGGUGACACCACAACUGUCGGUCCAACAACAGUGAGUACAAGUGACACCACAACUGUCGGUCCACUAACAGUGACGACAGGUGACACCACAACUGUCGGUCAACUAACAGUGACGACAGGUGACACCACAACUGUCGGACCAACAACAGUGAGUACAGUUGACACCACAACUGUCGGUCCAACAACAGCGAGUACAAGUGACACCAAAACUGUCGGUCCACUAACAGUGACGACACGUGACACCACAACUGUCGGUCCAACAACAGUACUUACAGGUGACACCACAACUGUUGGUCCAACAACAGUGACUACAGAUGACACCACAAGUGUCGGUCCAACAACAGUGACUAAAGGUGACACCACAACUGUCAGUCCAACAACGGUGACUACAGCUGGCACCAGAACUGCAAUUUCGACAACAAGCCACACGACUCCUGAAGGUACAACUCAAACAAGUACGACGGGAGCUACAACUCAAGCUGGGACUGGAAGUACAACGACAGUGACAAGUUUCAGUACAACUCAGAGUGCAACCAAAGCCACUUCGCAGCAAAGCACAGCCCAUACAACUCAAACCACGGCUCCAAUCACAAGCCAGACAACGAUUACUCCUGCAACAGGAACCAGCACAACUCAGCCAACAACACUCUUAGCUGGAACAACUGACACAACCUUGGCCACUACUCCCUUGACUAACAACUCAGGAACAUCUGGCCCAAGUACAUCGCCCAUAACUCCAGCAAGUACCUCCCAGCAAACAACAGCGACUUGCGGUCCAAGCACAACAGGACCAACUGCAAUUUCGACAACAAGCCAAACGACUCCUGAAGGUAGAACUUCAAUAAGUACGACGGGAGCUACAGCUCAAGCUGGGACUGGAAGCACAACGACAGUUACAAGUUUCAGUACAACUCAGAGUGCAACCGAAGCCACAUCGCAGCAAAGCACAUCCCAUACAACUCAAACCACGGCUCCAAUCACAAGCCAGACAACGAUUACUCCUGCAACAGGAACCAGCACAACUCAGCCAACAAUACUCUUCACUGGAACGACUGACACAACCUUGGCCACUACUCCCUUGACUACAACUCAAGGAACAUCUGGCCCAAGUACAGCGGCCACAACUCCAGCAAGUACCUCCCAGCAAACAACAGCGACUGCAGGUCCAAGCACAACAGGACCAACUGCAAUUUCGACAACAAGCCAAACGACUCCUGAAGGUACAACUCAAACAAGUACGACGGGAGCUACAACUCAAGCUGGGACUGGAAGCACAACGACAGUGACAAGUUUCAGUACAACUCAGAGUGCAACCGAAGCCACUUCGCAGCAAAGCACAUCUGUGAACACUCAAACCACGGCUCCAAUCACAAGCCAGACAACUCUUACUCCUGCAACAGGAACCAGCACAACUCAGCCAACAACACUCUUCACUGGAACAACUGACACAACCUUGGCCACUACUCCCUUGACUACAACUCAAGGAACAUCUGGCCCAAGUACAUCGCCCACAACUCCAGCAAGUACCUCCCAGCAACCAACAGCGACUGCAGGUCCAAGCACAACAGGACCAACUGCAAUUUCGACAACAAGCCAAACGACUCCUGAAGGUACAACUCAAACAAGUACGACGGGAGCUACAACUCAAGCUGGGACUGGAAGCACAACGACAGUGACAAGUUUCAGUACAACUCAGAGUGCAACCGAAGCCACUUCGCAGCAAAGCACAUCUGUGAACACUCAAACCACGGCUCCAAUCACAAGCCAGACAACUCUUACUCCUGCAACAGGAACCAGCACAACUCAGCCAACAACACUCUUCACUGGAACAACUGACACAACCUUGGCCACUACUCCCUUGACUACAACCCAAGGAACAUCUGGCCCAAGUACAAGUACAUUGGUCACAACUCCAGCAAGUACCUCCCAGCAAACAACAGCGACUGCAGGUCCAAGCACAACAGGACCAACUGCAAUUUCGACAACAAGCCAAACGACUCCUGAAGGUACAACUCAAACAAGUACGACGGGAGCUACAACUCAAGCUGGGACUGGAAGCACAACGACAGUGACAAGUUUCAGUACAACUCAGAGUGCAACCGAAGCCACUUCGCAGCAAAGCACAUCUGUGAACACUCAAACCACGGCUCCAAUUACAAGCCAGACAACUCUUACUCCUGCAACAGGAACCAGCACAACUCAGCCAACAACACUCUUCACUGGAACAACUGACACAACCUUGGCCACUACUCCCUUGACUACAACUCAAGGAACAUCUGGCCCAAGUACAAGUACAUUGGUCACAACUCCAGCAAGUACCUCCCAGCAAACAACAGCGACUGCAUGUCCAAGCACAACAGGACCAACUGCAAUUUCGACAACAAGCCAAACGACUCCUGAAGGUACAACUCAAACAAGUACGACGGGAGCUACAACUCAAGCUGGGACUGGAAGCACAACGACAGUGACAAGUUUCAGUACAACUCAGAGUGCAACCGAAGCCACUUCGCAGCAAAGCACAUCUGUGAACACUCAAACCACGGCUCCAAUCACAAGCCAGGCAACUCUUACUCCUGCAACAGGAACCAGCACAACUCAGCCAACAACACUCUUCACUGGAACAACUGACACAACCUUGGCCACUACUCCCUUGACUACAACUCAAGGAACAUCUGGCCCAAGUACAUUGGUCACAACUCCAGCAAGUACCUCCCAGCAAACAACAGCGACUGCAGGUCCAAGCACAACAGGACCAACUGCAAUUUCGACAACAAGCCAAACGACUCCUGAAGGUACAACUCAAACAAGUACGACGGGAGCUACAACUCAAGCUGGGACUGGAAGCACAACGACAGUGACAAGUUUCAGUACAACUCAGAGUGCAACCGAAGCCACUUCGCAGCAAAGCACAUCUGUGAACACUCAAACCACGGCUCCAAUCACAAGCCAGACAACUCUUACUCCUGCAACAGGAACCAGCACAACUCAGCCAACAACACUCUUCACUGGAACAACUGACACAACCUUGGCCACUACUCCCUUGACUACAACCCAAGGAACAUUUGGCAAACAACCAGGGACUGCAGGUCCAAGCACAACAGGACCAACUGCAAUUUCGACAACAAGCCAAACGACUCCUGAAGGUACAACUCAAACAAGUACGACGGGAGCUACAACUCAAGCUGGGACUGGAAGCACAACGACAGUGACAAGUUUCAGUACAACUCAGGGUGCAACUGAAGCCACUUCGCAGCAAAGCACAUCUGUGAACACUCAAACCACGGCUCCAAUCACAAACCAGACAACUCUUACUCCUGCAACAGGAACCAGCACAACUCAGCCAACAACACUCUUCACUGGAACAACUGACACAACCUUGGCCACUACACCCUUGACUACAACCCAAGGAACAUCUGGCCCAAGUACAAGUACAUUGGUCACAACUCCAGAAAGUACCUCCCAGCAAACAACAGCGACUGCAGGUCCAAGCACAACAGGACCAACUGCAAUGUCGACAACAAGCCAAACGACUCCUGAAGGUACAACUCAAACAAGUACGACGGGAGGUACAACUCAAGCUGGGACUGGAAGCACAACAACAGUGACAAGUUUCAGAACAACUCAGAGUGCAACCGAAGCCACUUCGCAGCAAAGCACAUCUGUGAACACUCAAACCACGGCUCCAAUCACAAGCCAGACAACUCUUACUCCUGCAACAGGAACCAGCACAACUCAGCCAACAACACUCUUCACUGGAACAACUGACACAACCUUGGCCACUACUCCCUUGACUACAACUCAAGGAACAUCUGGCCCAAGUACAAGUACAUUGGUCACAACUCCAGAAAGUACCUCCCAGCAAACAACAGCGACUGCAGGUCAAAGCACAACAGGACCAACUGCAAUUUCGACAACAAGCCAAACGACUCCUGAAGGUACAACUCAAACAAGUACGACGGGAGCUACAACUCAAGCUGGGACUGGAAGCACAACGACAGUGACAAGUUUCAGGACAACUCAGAGUGCAACCGAAGCCACUUCACAGCAAAGCACAUCUGUGAACACUCAAACCACUGCUCCAAUCACAAGCCAGACAACUCUUACUCCUGCAACAGGAACCAGCACAACUCAGCCAACAACACUCUUCACUGGAACAACUGACACAACCUUGGCCACUACUCCCUUGACUACAACUCAAGGAACAUCUGGCCCAAGUACAUCGCCCACAACUCCAGCAAGUACCUGCCAGCAAACAACAGCGACUGCAGGUCCAAGCACAACAGGACCAACUGCAAUUUCGACAUCAAGCCAAACGACUCCUGAAGGUACAACUCAAACAAGUACGACGGGAGCUACAACUCAAGCUGGGACUGGAAGCACAACGACAGUGACAAGUUUCAGUACAACUCAGAGUGCAACCGAAGCCACUUCGCAGCAAAGCACAUCGGUGAACACUCAAACCACGGCUCCAAUCACAAGCCGGACAACUCUUACUCCUGCAACAGGAACCAGCGCAACUCAGCCAACAACACUCUUCACUGGAACAACUGACACAACCUUGGCCACUACUCCCUUGACUACAACUCAAGGAACAUCUGGCCCAAGUACAAGUACAUUGGUCACAACUCCAGAAAGUACCUCCCAGCAAACAACAGCGACUGCAGGUCCAAGCACAACAGGACCAACUGCAAUUUCGACAACAAGCCAAACGACUCCUGAAGGUACAACUCAAACAAGUACGACGGGAGCUACAACUCAAGCUGGGACUGGAAGCACAACGACAGUGACAAGUUUCAGUACAACUCAGAGUGCAACCGAAGCCACUUCGCAGCAAAGCACAUCUGUGAACACUCAAACCACGGCUCCAAUUACAAGCCAGACAACUCUUACUCCUGCAACAGGAACCAGCACAACUCAGCCAACAACACUCUUCACUGGAACAACUGACACAACCUUGGCCACUACUCCCUUGACUACAACCCAAGGAACAUCUGGCCCAAGUACAUCGCCCACAACUCCAGCAAGUACCUCCCAGCAAACAACAGCGACUGCAGGUCCAAGCACAACAGGACCAACUGCAAUUUCGACAACAAGCCAAACGACUCCUGAAGGUACAACUGAAACAAGUACGACGGGAGCUACAACUCAAGCUGGGACUGGAAGCACAACGACAGUGACAAGUUUCAGUACAACUCAGAGUGCAACCGAAGCCACUUCGCAGCAAAGCACAUCUGUGAACACUCAAACCACGGCUCCAAUCACAAGCCAGACAACUCUUACUCCUGCAACAGGAACCAGCACAACUCAGCCAACAACACUCUUCACUGGAACAACUGACACAACCUUGGCCACUACUCCCUUGACUACAACUCAAGGAACAUCUGGCCCAAGUACAUCGCCCACAACUCCAGAAAGUACCUCCCAGCAACCAACAGCGACUGCAGGUCCAAGCACAACAGGACCAACUGCAAUUUCGACAACAAGCCAAACGACUCCUGAAGGUACAACUCAAACAAGUACGACGGGAGCUACAACUCAAGCUGGGACUGGAAGCACAACGACAGUGACACGUUUCAGUACAACUCAGAGUGCAACCGAAGCCACUUCGCAGCAAAGCACAUCUGUGAACACUCAAACCACGGCUCCAAUUACAAGCCAGACAACUCUUACUCCUGCAACAGGAACCAGCACAACUCAGCCAACAACACUCUUCACUGGAACAACUGACACAACCUUGGCCACUACUCCCUUGACUACAACCCAAGGAACAUCUGGCCCAAGUACAUUGGUCACAACUCCAGAAAGUACCUCCCAGCAAACAACAGCGACUGCAGGUCCAAGCACAACAGGACCAACUGCAAUUUCGACAACAAGCCAAACGACUCCUGAAGGUACAACUCAAACAAGUACGACGGGAGCUACAACUCAAGCUGGGACUGGAAGCACAACGACAGUGACAAGUUUCAGUACAACUCAGAGUGCAACCGAAGCCACUUCGCAGCAAAGCACAUCUGUGAACACUCAAACCACGGCUCCAAUUACAAGCCAGACAACUCUUACUCCUGCAACAGGAACCAGCACAACUCAGCCAACAACACUCUUCACUGGAACAACUGACACAACCUUGGCCACUACUCCCUUGACUACAACUCAAGGAACAUCUGGCCCAAGUACAUUGGUCACAACUCCAGCAAGUACCUCCCAGCAAACAACAGCGACUGCAGGUCCAAGCACAACAGGACCAACUGCAAUUUCGACAACAAGCCAAACGACUCCUGAAGGUACAACUCAAACAAGUACGACGGGAGCUACAACUCAAGCUGGGACUGGAAGCACAACGACAGUGACAAGUUUCAGUACAACUCAGAGUGCAACCGAAGCCACUUCGCAGCAAAGCACAUCUGUGAACACUCAAACCACGGCUCCAAUUACAAGCCAGACAACUCUUACUCCUGCAACAGGAACCAGCACAACUCAGCCAACAACACUCUUCACUGGAACAACUGACACAACCUUGGCCACUACUCCCUUGACUACAACUCAAGGAACAUCUGGCCCAAGUACAUUGGUCACAACUCCAGAAAGUACCUCCCAGCAAACAACAGCGACUGCAGGUCCAAGCACAACAGGACCAACUGCAAUUUCGACAACAAGCCAAACGACUCCUGAAGGUACAACUCAAACAAGUACGACGGGAGCUACAACUCAAGCUGGGCCUGGAAGCACAACGACAGUGACAAGUUUCAGUACAACUCAGAGUGCAACCGAAGCCACUUCGCAGCAAAGCACAUCUGUGAACACUCAAACCACGGCUCCAAUCACAAGCCAGACAACUCUUACUCCUGCAACAGGAACCAGCACAACUCAGCCAACAACACUCUUCACUGGAACAACUGACACAACCUUGGCCACUACUCCCUUGACUACAACUCAAGGAACAUCUGGCCCAAGUACAUUGGUCACAACUCCAGCAAGUACCUCCCAGCAAACAACAGCGACUGCAGGUCCAAGCACAACAGGACCAACUGCAAUUUCGACAACAAGCCAAACGACUCCUGAAGGUACAACUCAAACAAGUACGACGGGAGCUACAACUCAAGCUGGGCCUGGAAGCACAACGACAGUGACAAGUUUCAGUACAACUCAGAGUGCAACCGAAGCCACUUCGCAGCAAAGCACAUCUGUGAACACUCAAACCACGGCUCCAAUUACAAGCCAGACAACUCUUACUCCUGCAACAGGAACCAGCACAACUCAGCCAACAACACUCUUCACUGGAACAACUGACACAACCUUGGCCACUACUCCCUUGACUACAACCCAAGGAACAUCUGGCCCAAGUACAAGUACAUUGGUCACAACUCCAGCAAGUACCUCCCAGCAAACAACAGCGACUGCAGGUCCAAGCACAACAGGACCAACUGCAAUUUCGACAACAAGCCAAACGACUCCUGAAGGUACAACUCAAACAAGUACGACGGGAGCUACAACUCAAGCUGGGACUGGAAGCACAACGACAGUGACAAGUUUCAGUACAACUCAGAGUGCAACCGAAGCCACUUCGCAGCAAAGCACAUCUGUAAACACUCAAACCACGGCUCCAAUCACAAGCCAGGCAACUCUUACUCCUGCAACAGGAACCAGCACAACUCAGCCAACAACACUCUUCACUGGAACAACUGACACAACCUUGGCCACUACUCCCUUGACUACAACUCAAGGAACAUCUGGCCCAAGUACAUUGGUCACAACUCCAGCAAGUACCUCCCAGCAAACAACAGCGACUGCAGGUCCAAGCACAACAGGACCAACUGCAAUUUCGACAACAAGCCAAACGACUCCUGAAGGUACAACUCAAACAAGUACGACGGGAGCUACAACUCAAGCUGGGACUGGAAGCACAACGACAGUGACAAGUUUCAGUACAACUCAGAGUGCAACCGAAGCCACUUCGCAGCAAAGCACAUCUGUGAACACUCAAACCACGGCUCCAAUCACAAGCCAGACAACUCUUACUCCUUGCAAACAGGAAACCCAAACUCAGCCAACAACACUCUUCACUGGAACAACUGACACAACCUUGGCCACUACUCCCUUGACUACAACCCAAGGAACAUCUGGCCCAAGUACAUUGGUCACAACUCCAGCAAGUACCUCCCAGCAAACAACAGCGACUGCAGGUCCAAGCACAACAGGACCAACUGCAAUUUCGACAACAAGCCAAACGACUCCUGAAGGUACAACUCAAACAAGUACGACGGGAGCUACAACUCAAGCUGGGACUGGAAGCACAACGACAGUGACAAGUUUCAGUACAACUCAGAGUGCAACCGAAGCCACUUCGCAGCAAAGCACAUCUGUGAACACUCAAACCACGGCUCCAAUCACAAGCCAGACAACUCUUACUCCUGCAACAGGAACCAGCACAACUCAGCCAACAACACUCUUCACUGGAACAACUGACACAACCACCUUGGCCACUACUCCUUUGACUACAACUCAAGGUACAUCUGGCCCAAGUACAUCGCUCACAACUCCAGCAAGUACCUCCCAGCAAACAACAGCGACUGCAGGUCCAAGCACAACAGGACCAACUGCAAUUUCGACAACAAGCCAAACGACUCCUGAAGGAACCAGCUCAACUCAGACAACAACACUCUUCACUGGAACAACUGACACAACCUUGGCCACUACUACCUUGACUACAACUCAAGGAACAUCUGGCUCAAGUACAAGUACAUUGGUCACAACACCAGCAAGUACCUCACAGCAAACAACAGCGACUGCAGGUGCAAGCUCAACAGGAACACCUGCAAUUUCGACAACAAGACAACCGACUCCUGAAGGUACAACUCAAACAAGUACGACGGGAGCUACAACUCAAGCUGGGACUGGAAGCACAACGACAGUGACAAGUUUCAGUACAACUCAGAGUGCAACCGAAGCCACUUCGCAGCAAAGCACAUCUGUGAACACUCAAACCACGGCUCCAAUCACAAGCCAGACAACUCUUACUCCUGCAACAGGAACCAGCACAACUCAGCCAACAACACUCUUCACUGGAACAACUGACACAACCUUGGCCACUACUCCCUUGACUACAACUCAAGGAACAUCUGGCCCAAGUACAUCGCUCACAACUCCAGAAAGUACCUCCCAGCAAACAACAGCGACUGCAGGUCCAAGCACAAUAGGACCAACUGCAAUUUCGACAACAAGCCAAACGACUCCUGAAGGUACAACUCAAACAAGUACGACGGGAGCUACAACUCAAGCUGGGACUGAAAGCACAACGACAGUGACAAGUUUCAGUACAACUCAGAGUGCAACCGAAGCCACUUCGCAGCAAAGCACAUCUGUGAACACUCAAACCACGGCUCCAAUCACAAGCCAGACAACUCUUACUCCUGCAACAGGAACCAGCACAACUCAGCCAACAACACUCUUCACUGGAACAACUGACACCACCUUGGCCACUACUCCCUUGACUACAACUCAAGGAACAUCUGGCCCAAGUACAUUGGUCACAACUCCAGCAAGUACCUCCCAGCAAACAACAGCGACUGCAGGUCCAAGCACAACAGGACCAACUGCAAUUUCGACAACAAGCCAAACGACUCCUGAAGGUACAACUCAAACAAGUACGACGGGAGCUACAACUCAAGCUGGGACUGGAAGCACAACGACAGUGACAAGUUUCAGUACAACUCAGAGUGCAACCGAAGCCACUUCGCAGCAAAGCACAUCUGUGAACACUCAAACCACGGCUCCAAUCACAAGCCAGACAACUCUUACUCCUGCAACAGGAACCAGCACAACUCAGCCAACAACACUCUUCACUGGAACAACUGACACAACCUUGGCCACUACUCCCUUGACUACAACUCAAGGAACAUCUGGCCCAAGUACAUCGCCCACAACUCCAGCAAGUACCUCCCAGCAAACAACAGCGACUGCAGGUCCAAGCACAACAGGACCAACUGCAAUUUCGACAACAAGCCAAACGACUCCUGAAGGUACAACUCAAACAAGUACGACGGGAGCUACAACUCAAGCUGGGACUGGAAGCACAACGACAGUGACAAGUUUCAGUACAACUCAGAGUGCAACCGAAGCCACUUCGCAGCAAAGCACAUCUGUGAACACUCAAACCACGGCUCCAAUCACAAGCCAGACAACUCUUACUCCUGCAACAGGAACCAGCACAACUCAGCCAACAACACUCUUCACUGGAACAACUGACACAACCUUGGCCACUACUCCCUUGACUACAACUCAAGGAACAUCUGGCCCAAGUACAUUGGUCACAACUCCAGAAAGUACCUCCCAGCAAACAACAGCGACUGCAGGUCCAAGCACAACAGGACCAACUGCAAUUUCGGCAACAAGCCAAACGACUCCUGAAGGUACAACUCAAACAAGUACGACGGGAGCUACAACUCAAGCUGGGACUGGAAGCACAACGACAGUGACACGUUUCAGUACAACUCAGAGUGCAACCGAAGCCACUUCGCAGCAAAGCACAUCGGUGAACACUCAAACCACGGCUCCAAUCACAAGCCAGACAACUCUUACUCCUGCAACAGGAACCAGCACAACUCAGCCAACAACACUCUUCACUGGAACAACUGACACAACAUUGGCCACUACUCCAUACAAGUACAUUGUCACAACUCCAGAAAGUACCUCCCAGCAAACAACAGCGCCUGCAGGUCCAAGCACAACAGGACCAACUGCAAUUUCGACAACAAGCCAAACGACUCCUGAAGGUACAACUCAAACAAGUACGACGGGAGCUACAACUCAAGCUGGGACUGGAAGCACAACGACAGUGACAAGUUUCAGUACAACUCAGAGUGCAACCGAAGCCACUUCGCAGCAAAGCACAUCUGUGAACACUCAAACCACGGCUCCAAUCACAAGCCAGACAACUCUUACUCCUGCAACAGGAACCAGCACAACUCAGCCAACAACACUCUUCACUGGAACAACUGACACAACCUUGGCCACUACUCCCUUGACUACAACUCAAGGAACAUCUGGCCCAAGUACAUUGGUCACAACUCCAGCAAGUACCUCCCAGCAAACAACAGCGACUGCAGGUCCAAGCACAACAGGACCAACUGCAAUUUCGACAACAAGCCAAACGACUCCUGAAGGUACAACUCAAACAAGUACGACGGGAGCUACAACUCAAGCUGGGACUGGAAGCACAACGACAGUGACAAGUUUUAGUACAACUCAGAGUGCAACCGAAGCCACUUCCCAGCAAAGCACAUCUGUGAACACUCAAACCACGGCUCCAAUCACAAGCCAGACAACUCUUACUCCUGCAACAGGAACCAGCACAACUCAGCCAACAACACUCUUCACUGGAACAACUGACACAACCUUGGCCACUACUCCCUUGACUACAACUCAAGGAACAUCUGGCCCAAGUACAUCGCCCACAACUCCAGCAAGUACCUCCCAGCAAACAACAGCGACUGCAGGUCCAAGCACAACAGGACCAACUGCAAUUUCGACAACAAGCCAAACGACUCCUGAAGGUACAACUCAAACAAGUACGACGGGAGCUACAACUCAAACUGCAACCAAAGCCACAUCUCAGCAAAGCACAUCCCAUACAACUCAAACCAUGGCUCCAAUCACAAGCCAGACAACGAUUACUCCUGCAACAGGAACUAGCACAGCUCAGCCAACAACACUCUCCACUGGCACAACUUUCGCCACCAUUCCCCUGACUACAGCUGAAAUGACACCUCAGGGCACUUCUGGCACAGCUACACCCUAUAGUCCCUCUUUUAGCACAAGGGACACCACGUCAGUCAUUCAAACUACUCAUCUUAUUGGGAUACAGUCAACAUCAACUCUAAGUGAAAUCUCAACUCCACAAAGUUCGUACUUCACCACUUUACAGAAUACAAAGCAUCCAACUGCCUCUCAGAGUACAUCUUUUGGUAUCGGAGGGGAUACAAACACAGAAAGCACAGUUUUUACCAUACCGGAGACUACAGAAGAACCUGUUACAUCGGCCACUCCAACCGACGCUAUUUGGAAAAGGUCCACUCAGCCAGCCACAAUCUUUGUGAUGACCGGAGUCAUAGGUAGAAGUUCGUCACACCAAACCACGACACUCAGUGCAAAAGAUCCUACCGAUGAAAGCACGACUCAGGCAACAACAGAGACCAUGCUUACGACUGUAAACACAGAAAUGGCUUCUACAGGCCCCAGUUCCGACACUGGUGACACCAGCACAAGUUCACCACAGACUACAGAUCGGCAGGCAUCAACGCUCACUACUAUGUUUGACAUAGCAGCUUGUCAGCAAGAAGUGACAAGACUCACAGCCGAGAACGACCAGCUUUGGCGUAUCAUCUAUGGAACUGCGUCCGCAGCAGGCUUGCUGUUGGUGAUUUCAACGAAGGUCAUCGUCCAGGCGCUACACAGCUUGUACAAGAAACUGAAACGACCGAGCGGCCCCAGAAGUCGGUCACUACCCCCGUCUGCCGAGAGAAGGGUAACACCAGAAGGCAUGGAAGAGCCUGAAGUCACGACCAAUGGACAAACCAAUGAUGUGGAACAGGGAGUGAAAAAGACCAAUGCCUGGGCGCCUAUCAUCCCACCGAUCCAGAUACCUUCAGGGAAAAUCACGUUGCCGGCUCCUCGACGGGAAUCCGACGGCGGCAUCUCGCAACCCAAGCUCACCUUCUACCGACGAGGCCGGGUGGUGGUCCCGGCACCUACAGGGCCGCCAUUCCCAUCUACACAAACAUCUGCACAAGACUUGCCAGAAACUCGGUUGUCCUCAGACGAAGCGUUCGUUCGUAGGAAGUCCAUACAAGGGGAGAUAUUGCUGCCUAAACUGCCUAUCAACAUCAGAGGCACAGUCCCAACAACACCCAUUCCGACUGCCCCCCUCCCCAGCAUGCAAGCGCGAGAAACCCAAGGUCCCCUGUCACCAGACGAAUCGUUCGUAGCUAUGAAGGCGAAACAGGAGAACGUGUUGCUGCCUCAACUCCCCCUCCCCAGAAAAGGCUCCAUCCCAAUCCGCACUCGAGAACCUCUGCCAUCUGUACAGGCAUUGUUGAAGAACGCCGGUAUUUCUCAGGCUCCCAAGCAAACAACUGAAGACGACUUGAGACAAAACCAGACUACGCCAAUAGAAGAAGGCCAAGAUGAGAUCCCAGGUGUAGUCAAUGCCGAGGACCUUUCUCUUCCACCUAUACAAACUUCUGAACCAGGCACAUCUUCAACAAAUGGCCAAUCAGAACCAACAACCAAGAACAGGAACAGACUUGGGGAGACGAUAGACCAAGAAACAACACAAGUUAAGGAAAUGCAACAUGCCCAAGCGGAAAGAAAGGAGAAGGAGAUGUUGGAAGAUGAAGAAGACACAGACUUGACGAUCCAAGAAGAGACAGAUGAACAACUGGAGGCAGAAAAGAACGAACUUCAGGACAGGAGAGCAUCCACACUAACAAUUGCAGACAAACAACGAAUCGAAGAAAUCUUGAAGGUUCAGACGGAAAGAAGGAAGAAGAAAAUGAAGAAACGAAGAGACAAACGCAAGAAGAAAGAGGAGGAGCUAAGGAACCUCGAAGAAGAACUCAUAAGAAGAAGAGCCGAAGCCGAAAGACGCAACAGUAUCGUGGAAGAAGAAAAACUCAUUGUGGUGGCUGAACAGAAGCGCAAGAAAAUGGAGGAAGAGAGAAGCAAAGUUGAAGCCCCGAUCCUCGAUGAGUUGGAAUCAGCACUGGAGGCUCACAACGCUCACGAGUUAGAGGCCAUCAUCAGCUCCUUCUACAGCAACAGACUGACAGACGACACGGGUCUUCUGAAGGAGACAGAGGGGAUCUAUGACGCCAUGCAGGCACAAGACGACUUGGCCGCGGCAUUCUUGAAGCGUGACCUGGAUAAGUUAGAUGGAGCCAUGGCGGCUGCAGAACGGAUUAUCAACAUGAACAACAGUAGGCCUGCCCCACCGCCUGUUAAGCCUGGCGCAAUAGACCCGUUACGAGCCAGAAGGGUUGAGAUGUGGAGGAAGGCAGCUGAAGAGAGUAAGAAGGUGACUGAUAAACUCUCACAGCAACUGCACCAAGCUGACAAGGUCAAGCAGCUAGAGAAACUAAGGAGAGAGGUGCUGGAGGCAAGUCAAGUCACCAUAUCGGAGAUAAGAAACUACAACCAUCCUCCUCAGAAGGUACACCAAGUCAUGACCGCUACGUACUUGCUGCUUGGAGUCAAGGAGCAAGAAACAGAGAACUGGCGAAAUGUCCAGGCGUUGAUGGGCCAGUCGUUGACGAAGAAGAUUCAGCACAUCAACCCAUCCAGAGUCCGGCUACAGACCGCGCUAAGAGCCCAGGAGAUUCUCAGUAACUUCACUGCCGGGCAGAUACGUGACGUCAGUGCAGGAGCAGCCGCCUUCUACCAUUGGGCACAGGGAGUGAUAGGGGUAGUGAUUGCAGGCAACCAAAUGAAGAAGCGCUAGCAGAACACCAUUCUUCCUGUUUGUCUAUUACAAAGUAGGAAUCUACUUGGAAGACCUUUCGACCAAUAUGAUGUAUCUACGUAUUCGACUGCUAGUACUGUGGUUUGCUCUUGAGAUGUGCGGUUGCAUUUGCAAAUGCAAAAAAGGAAUGCUUGUGUCAUCCAAAUUCCUGAAUUUCUGUGUCAUCCCAGUUGGUUACAAACUAACUAGGAUUGCACCCAGACUACACACAACACAUAUCAACAUAUGAAGAUCAUCUAAGGGGCUCAAUUGGAGCAAAUGCCAACAUUUACUAUAAUGGCACUACAUCCCUAUGACAUUAUAAGGUUGUUAAUUACGGAGGGAGGAGAAAGCUCAGUUGUGCAAAAAAUUGGAUCCUUAUAUACAUGACACUCUGUCUCAAACUAUUGUUUUAGAUA